AUGGACGCUCUCAUGGAGGAGCACGGUAAAUAUGACUGCCUCAGUGCUGAGUGUGUACUGUACACACCACUUGGAGGUUCACACUCUUACUGCGACCUAACGUGUGCCAUCACAGGUCUGGCUAUAGAACCUUACUUCCGGAUAAAUACGGCUAUCUCAACAGCAACGAAAACAUCGCUGACUAACAAUAUUAAGGACGCCAUUACGAGGUUUCAGGAGACGUUCGGACUACAGGUGACCGGAUAUGAAAACGAGGAGACGCUGAAGCUGAUGGACACACCCAGAUGCGGUAACUCGGACGAAGGCAUAGCCCCGUUUUCCGUGAACCCAUUAGUUAAAUGGAACUCAACUCGGGUCACGUGGAACAUGAUUGGCUCUGGCAUCCAGUAUGCCAACAUCGUUGAGAGAGCGUUUUCCUUGUACUCCAAGCACUCUGCUCUCGAAUUCCGUAGAAGUUACAGUAAUCCCACUAUAAUGGUAGUGAUUUCCCCUAAGAAACACGUGGCGUACUACCUUAAAAGCACUUGCAGUUACGAUUUUGACGGUCCGGGCGGUGUUCUCGGCCACGCUUUUCUCCCUCGACCGUGGCUGAACCAAUCGGAUAUACACCUUGAUUUCGAAGAGGACUGGGACUUUACAAUGAAUAUACCCGCACCGGAGAAGACUUCGUUUCUUUACAGUGAUGGUCCACGAAAUAGGCCAUGCUCUCGGUCUUCAGCAUUCGUCUGUGUUACGAUCCAUCCUCUCACAUACGAACGGGAGGAGAAGGUGGAGGGGGAAGCACCACCUGCUAAAAAAUCUCAUUGGUCGGAAUAA